AUGUCACUUCGUCCGAAGAGAAUUGUGUUUGACAGAACUUUUCCUGAAUUCAAGCAAGAUUUAGAACGCUUGUUCAAUUUUACGGGUUUAGAUCAGGUUUCUGGAAUGAAUAUGUAUCAAUCUUUACCUAACAAAAGAUUGGUUUAUGAUAUGUGUACUUCAUCUCCUAAGCCUCAUACAAAUAAAUUAUUUAAUGCGAUCGCCGACUUUUUGACUCAGUAUACUAUAAAAAUCAGAAGGUCAAUUUUGGACCAUGAUGAUGUAGUCAGUGCAUAUGCUAGAGAGUGGGAACACUACAUGAUUGCCUCCGACGUUUCUAGCAAGAUAUGUGAUUAUCUUAACAAACUUAUAUUGAGAAAAGAUCCUAAAGGUCGUAGCGGGACAGACAGGCAUCAUCCUGUUGAAGAUGGAAAAUAUAGAAGGCAAACUAUUCAUGCGCUGGCGUACUUGAUAUGGAAAGAGCGAAUCAUUGACGAUAUAAGGUUGAAGCAUUCUGAUCGGCUUAUGUAUCAGAUAUUCGAACUGAUCAGAAGAGAUAGGGACGGAAAGGAUACAGUACCUAAUGUUGUUGCAGAUGCAAUUAAAUCUCUCGUCGAACUUAAUACUUUAACCGAUAAUAAGCAAUUACAUUUGUAUAAUGAAGUGUUUGAAAAGCCAUAUUUGGAAAAAACUCGACAAUAUUACGCAAGUGAAUCUGCUGAUGUGAUAUCAAAUGAUAACAUUUCUCAAUAUAUGAAAAAGGCCAAUGAAAGAUUAGAGCAAGAAGUGGCGCGCAACCUUAAGUACUGCCAUCCCGAUUCACAUAGUAUUAUAAUCAGAGAGUGCGAAACACAAUACGUGGCUGUACAUCAAUCACGUAUACAUGGCGAAUUUGAAGCUAUGAUUUCCAAUGAGAAAUAUGAAGAUUGUACUAUGGCUUACAAUCUCUUAUCACGUAUAACUAAUGGAGUCAAUCCUUUGUUGGAGAUAUUUGAACGAUAUAUUUCGAACAUUGGAAAAGGAUUGAUUGAGAGAAUGGGUAAUUCGAUAGCUAAGGAUCCUAGAGAAUAUGUGGAGUCACUUAUGGAUCUUCAUAUAAAAUAUAUGAACGUUUGUCAAAAAGUAUUUAUUAAUGAUGCGGCAUUUGUCGCAGCCGUAGAUAAGGCUUUUAGAACAAUUGUUAAUGACACAAGUAUUGCCCAUUCACCCGAAGUCCUUGCCCGUUAUUGCGAUGUUUUGUUAAAGAAAACGCAUAAAGGUGGAUUUAGUGAACAAGAAAUUGAGGAUAAAUUAGAUCGAAUGAUUGUUCUCUUCAAAUAUAUCGAUGACAAGGAUGUGUAUCAAAAAUUCUAUUCAAGAAUGCUUGCCAAGCGUUUGAUAUAUGGUAAUUCUGCAUCUGAUGAAGCAGAAGUUAAUAUGAUUACACGUUUAAAGAUUGCGUGUGGUGUGGAAUACACUAGUAAAUUGCAAAAGAUGUUUACUGAUAUUACGAUUAGCGCGGAAAUAAACAGUAAAUUUUCUGAAUAUACCAAAAAGAAUAGUAUCAAUGGGAAAAAUGUUGAUUUUUCCAUAUUGGUUCUAACGGCUGGUGCAUGGCCAUUAACGCAGUCUUCAAUGACAGAAUUUCAAUUACCGACAGAGUUAGAAAGAAAUGUUUCACACUUUUCGACAUUUUACAACGGUCACCAUAUUGGCAGAAGAUUGACAUGGUUAUGGCAUUUAUCCAAAGCUGAUGUGAAGUUGAAUUAUCUUGAUAAACGUUACGAGUUUUCAGUGUCUCUUCACCAACUCGGUGUUCUACUAUUAUUCAAUAACGUAGAUGCAUAUUCAUUUAGAGACAUACGUGAACAUACGGGGUUGAAUGAUUUAGAGUUGAAGAGGGUCAUGAAGCCUAUGAUUGACUUAUCUGUAUUUCUGGUUUCAACGCCCGGAACAUUGCAAGAUGAUACAGAAAUUAAACUAAAUAUGGAAUUUACAAACAAACGUAAUAAAAUCAAAAUCAGUUCUUCGUUACAAACUGAGACACACCAAGAAAAUGAUGCUACGCGAAGAUCAGUUGAUGAAGAUCGUAAACUCUAUUUGCAGGCGUCUAUUGUUCGAGUGAUGAAAUCGCGUAAAUCCUUGACACACCCAUUAUUAGUACAAGAGGUCAUUAAUCAGGCAAAGUCACGAUUUAAUCCUA